UCUGUGUUGUUAUGAACAUCUGUUUGUAUGUUUAUCGCCAGAUGUGGGUUGCGUUUGUCUGUGAAUGUCGGCGAUAAUGCCGCCGCCCGGUGUUUUCCGCUCCGCUGCGGGUUUGACCUCCCGCACAGCUGCCAUGGAGUGAAAAGAAGAACAACAGGCUCUUCGGGGGUUUGUGUCUCGUUUUGAGGUCAUUUUAAUGGCAUUCUGAUCGUUUUCAUUGUUUUUCAACAGCGUAAUUUACUCGAUUACACCCGGCGGUAGGCUGAGGUCGAGAAUCCCGCUCACGUUUCAUCAUUUUUACAGAUAAGCAGGUGUUUACAUGUGAUGCUAGUUAAGGGUGAUGAAAAGCCGGUUUUAUCCACGGGUGCUGCUCUGUUUCGGUUUUCAUUCCUGUUCACAUGCUCCUCCUGGCUUCUCUACACUGUCACCUGAUUACAAGAGGAAACUGACUGAGAUUGAAGGGAAUAUCUCUGUGUCGUUGCUGCGGCGGGUGGUAUAAUUUGCUGAAGAGACAAACGCAUACAGAUAGAGGAAAAUAGCAUGUGAAAAAAGGGAACCGAAACAGCCGUCAUUUACCAGUCAACUCCUCCUAAAGUCUGAAAAAGUUCGAGGUCAUUAAGGCAACUAACCCGUGUUAACAUAGCUGAACAAAGUGCGUGUUGCGAUCGUAGUUUUAAGCGUUUUUUGUCGUCAUAAUGUCGGACACUGAGAGGUCUCUGCCGGCCCUCAAGAAGCUCAGCUAUGCGGUGGGACACUUUCUGAACGACUUAUGUGCCUCAAUGUGGUUCACAUACCUGCUGGUGUUCUACCAUUCAGUGCUGGGCUUCCAAAACACAAAUGCAGGUGUGCUGCUGCUGGUCGGGCAGAUAGCUGAUGGUAUCUGUACACCUCUUAUUGGCUACGAGUCUGACCGAGCCCCUGGCUGUGGAAACUACGGCAAGAGGAAGACCUGGCAUUUAGUCGGGACACUAAGCGUGGUGCUGUCCUUCGCCUUCAUCUUCAACCAGUGUCUGGGUUGUGACUCCCUCACCCCCCAGUGGGCCAGUUUGACCUACUUCAUCCCGUUCAUCAUCAUCUUUCAGUUCGGCUGGGCCGCCACUCAGAUCUCCCACCUGUCCCUCAUUCCAGAGCUGGUCACAUGUGAGCACGAUAAAGUAGAGCUCACUGCAUACAGGUAUGCGUUCACAGUGAUAGCCAACAUCACAGUGUAUGCAGUGGCUUACCUGCUGUUCCACGCACAAGCCGGAGAGGACGGUGACCUGUUAAGCGAUGAACUGGGACCAGUAGAUAUUCCUGUCUUCAGGAAUCUGGCGUUGAUCGUACUGGGCAUCGGCGCUCUCUUCUCCCUUUUCUUCCACCUGGGCACUUCAGAGAGGAGGCCUGGAGCAAGAGAGGAGACUGGAGGAGAGGAGGGGAGUAGCAGGAGGAACAGGACAGAGGAGGAAGAGGAGGAUGGGGAGCGGAGGCCCCUGCUUCCUCGCGCCAAGACCUCCUCAUCCCCUCUGCAGUGGAAGUGUUGGCUGCAGCAGCCCUCUUUCUACCAGGUGGCCUUACUCUACAUGUCCACCAGGUUAAUAGUCAACCUGUCCCAGACCUACAUCGCAAUGUAUCUCAUCAACACUCUUGGGCUUCCUAAGAAGUUCAUAGCGACUAUCCCACUAGUGAUGUACGUGAGCGGCUUCCUGUCCUCCUUCAUAAUGAAGCCUGUCAGUAAACGCUUUGGAAAAUCUCUCACCUACUUCAUGGGCCUGCUGCUGAUCAUGGCCUUCUCCUACUGGGUGCUGCUGGACGACAGUAUGGGCCAGCGGGUAUACGGGGCGGCUGUCCUGCUGGGGGCGGGGUCUGCCACUAUCCUGGUCAUAUCGCUCGCCAUGACUGCUGAGCUCAUCGCCAAUGAGACGCAAAGUGGAGCGUUUGUCUACGGAGCCAUGAGUUUCACUGAUAAAGUGGCUAAUGGAGUGGCUGUGAUGGUCAUUCAGGCCCUGCAUCCUUGCCACACUGUGCAGUGUUGUCCGGCCUGUGUGUGGUUUUAUCAUUACGUCAUGGUCAUAGUGACGGGAGGCGUGGCCGUUGUCGCAGCUCUGGCACUCUGCUCCAUUCUCAUCUGGCCAAUCAGGAUCAGACCACGUGGUCUGUCUGUGGUCUCUGAUGAUGCAGCCAGGAUCAACUAACAGCCUCCUCCCUCACCAUCCCUACAACUGACACCCCAGCAGCAGCAAAAUCACAAACUGUGGACAGGAGGAGCUUUCACUUUUGUUUGUUUUAAAGAUUCGUUUUUAGUUUUUUCAGGGGUAAAGCUCCAGGGGAAUUCCUGACUGGCUGCACUACUGAACUGGUGCACUUAAUACGGCGGAUGUAGAACGUCUGACGGUGCUGUAGGAGUGAGCAGGGAACUAAAUGAGCUCAGGAGGGAGAUUUUAUUUUUACACUUCACUGACAAUUGCAGUCAUUUCCAACCGAGACCUUGUUUUCUCAUCAUCCACAGUGACUCAGGAUACACAUUUAGAAUCUUUUGAUUUGAUUGAUAGUUGUUAACAAUCAAUAGUCCUUAUCUUAUUUGUAUUAAAGUAUAAUGGUACGUGUCCUGGCGCCAGGAUUCAAUAAUGGGUCGUUUCCCAAAUAUCCACCACAGAGCAAGAGAACAGACAGAUAAAGCCAGUUUCACUUCAUUAAAGAGAAACACACACCCAAAUCUCUGAUCAAACGGUACAUGACCUGGUUGCAUUGUGGGUAAUGUAGGCACCAGGUUUUGACAAGAAAGAAGAAUGUGUGGAAUAAAAGGGACAAUAUCUGCUUCUGCUGCACCCAUUUAAUUUAAAAAACAAACAAACAAAAAGUACUUUUUUAAUCUCAUUUUGGCAAAUAAGACAUAAUAUAUAUGCAGUGAAGCAGUUAAAGGGAAUGUUGAUCAAAAAUAUAUACUGAACUUUGGAAAAUGAUGACAAAACAAGGUCCAGGUCAAAAUAGCUUUCAGUUAAACUACAUUUAUCACAUGUCUGCUGUAUUAGACAAUACAGAGCAUGAGAGGAAAGACUGGAAACAUAUAGAUAUGUAGAGUUCUUACCUCACAAUAGUGUGAAUUACUGAUGAAGCUUCCUGCUGCUGCAGGACAUUCACUAAGGGACGUCAGAGCUAAAAGAAAAGGAUGACUAAGGGAACUAGAUAUUUAGCGUAUUCCUGUGGCGCAACUCAGAAAAGCCAAAGAAGACGCUGGAUCGAUUAAAAAAUCUACUAUAAUAACAGCUGAUGUCCUGUCAGUGUCUGGCAACAUCAGCUGGUGAGUUAUCAUGGAAGAAGAUAAGGAAGAUUUUCAACACUUUGAUGACAGAUUGAUCGACCACUACAUUGACAGUCAGACUAACUGACUGACUAGAAUCCACACAUCAAGGCCUCGCUGCUACGCACACACAACACUUCAAUCAUCACCUUCCACGUUAGUGCAGCGGCACCAAUCACCUGGAAGAUUUGUCCUGUGCUGAGUGAAAGAUUCUCACGUCACCGGCUGUCAUGUCAGCUAACAUCAUGCACUUUUCCUCCUUUCAGGAUUCCCAGUUGACAGUGUUGAACAUGCUGCUGAGGCUCAUUUGAACUUGUGUAGAUCAUUGUGACGAAGCACUCUAAUUAUUUUUUGUUCUCUUGCUCAUUGAACAGCUUAUUAUUAUGAGAUAUUUCUAUUUUAAACAUUCUUCUUUGUACAUUGUUUUUACUUCUUUAUAAUCAAAGACCAAAAGGAAUAUUGAGACAAGAAAUAUUUUUUAUUAAAUAUUUUUAUUUUUAUCAAAAGAAACUUGAAUAGCAGGAUUGUAUUUGCUAUUAAAAGAGUUUAAAGGGAUCAAACAUAUAAUAUGUGUAUAAGAAAAGGGAACCAGGCCAGCAGUAAUAAUCCUUCAUCUCAGUUAUAACUAAUGUUACUUUUGUAUGUCUUUGUUUGCCAGACAAGAUGACUUUACCCAUGAUUACAUGUUUUAUAAAGGGACUCUCAGUAAACAUGUUUAAUAAGGUGCAAGUGGAACCGUGUCUGUGUUUGACUUCAGUUCUUAUGAUCAUGACGUGUUUUCAGAAUAUCUGUUCCAACAUUUAAAAUGGUUUAAAACAAACAUGGAUGAGAAGCCCGUAAAGUGCUUUGAAAAUAAUCAGAAUUUGACAAACUGCUGUUGAGGAAGAUGUGAUACAAUCGAAAGCUCUGGAGCAGCUACUAAAGGGACCCUGCAAUGUGACUGUCUGUCAUUUGCUGUUUCCAAGGUCAAGAAUGACCUGAGCGUCAAUCUCAACAAAUAUGUUUGUCUUUCUUUUCUCAAGUCUUGGCUCUAAUGCUGGAGAGAUUUACAACUUCACAUCUUCAAACUAAUAAAAUCAUCUCAUCACUCUGA